UUGCCUCUUUUCUUCCUCAAUUUUCUCUCUUCUCUUUUUCUCUCUCUCUCUUUCCUCAUUCCACCGAUCCAGAUCUCAAAUCUUCGAGAGAGUGAAAAAGAAGAAGAAAAUUGAAUAAUAAUGGCGGCCGUAUCGCCAUUAGCUAAGUAUAAGCUUGUGUUUUUGGGCGAUCAAUCUGUUGGAAAAACCAGCAUCAUUACUCGCUUCAUGUACGAUAAAUUCGAUACCACCUACCAGGCUACCAUUGGUAUUGAUUUUUUGUCCAAGACAAUGUACCUUGAAGAUCGAACAGUUCGCUUGCAGCUCUGGGAUACUGCUGGUCAAGAAAGAUUUAGGAGUCUUAUUCCCAGCUACAUUAGAGAUUCUUCUGUCGCUGUAAUUGUGUUUGAUGUUGCCAACCGUCAAUCAUUUCUAAACACUUCAAAGUGGAUUGAGGAAGUACGUACUGAACGGGGAACUGAUGUCAUAAUCGUUCUUGUUGGGAACAAAACUGAUCUUGUCGAGAAAAGGCAAGUAUCCAUCGAAGAAGGCGAAACCAAGGCUCGUGAAUUUAACGUAAUGUUUAUAGAAACUAGUGCUAAAGCUGGAUUCAAUAUCAAGCCUCUGUUCCGAAAGAUUGCUGCUGCUUUACCAGGAAUGGAAGCCCUUUCGUCCACGAAGCAAGAAGACAUGGUGGAUGUGAAUUUGAAGCCUACCACAAGUUCAUCUAAUGCAGAGCAGCAAGGUGGAGGUUGCGCGUGCUAGAUUUUGUAUGUAACAAGAGAGAUAAGAAGUUGGACAUACACAAAGAUGCAGUUGCAUCAAAUUAUAUCAUAAUAUAUAUAGAUGUUCAAUUAGCUCAUUUUGUUAGAUCAUUAUGAGGUUUGGAACAAUUUUGGGUUUUUGUUCAUGUUGUACAACAAGUUCUUUCAAUUCUGAUGGUGAGAUAGCUGACAAUUAUGUUGUUACUAUUAAAACUUGUGAUUAUAUAUUAUGUGAUGUGAUUCCUAGUUCAGGAAUCUUUUUUUUU